AUGUCAGUGGGGUCACAGAGGGUGGUGGUGAUCCAGGAUGCGUCAAGAGACAUCAGUUCGAGCGCAAUCAAAUGGGCCAUAGACGGCCUUUCCCUCAAACCUGGGGAUGAACUCACACUCCUUGGAGUUCUUCACCAGGUCAAUACCCCUAGUACGUUUCCUUUCAUGGCUGCUGGAAAAUUGAUGGGAUACAAAAGCAGGGUAGACUCAAAUUCUAUGUUAGGAGCAAACCGAAAAAUCAUUGAUGAAGAACUUAAGAGAAAGGAGGAAGAAUAUCAGAACAGUGAAGAGAUUGCUUCGAUUAUUGAGCUCUAUGAGACAAAGAAGAUUACUUUUCACAGAAGGGUGGUAGCAGCAGCUUCACCAAAAUUAGUUGCUCUAGAUGCAGCCAAGAAACUGAGGGCAACAUGGAUAAUUCUGGACAGACAGAUGAAAAAAGACAAGAAGUACUUCAUGGAGAGGCUAUCUUGUGGUAUCUCAAGGAUGAAACGCAACAAUAGCGUUGAACUCCUGAGAAGGCCAAUAACUAAUAAGAAAAAUUCUGAACAUACAAUAGGAAAUCAGAAAACCAAUGUGACAUACGACGAGAUGUUACCAGGAGCAGAGAUAAAAUCAGGAGAUUCUGAUAUGAUAUUAGAUAUUCCGGAUGAUGAUGAUCUUUUCAGUUUGGAACUAUCCCCAACGAGGAUGAAGUUUGAUCUCAGUGAGCAUAUGUCCGAGACCACCAAAGAGGCCCCCAACAAAAGAAAGCUUGGCGGGGGCAAGGCCAACCCAUCGAACAAGAAGAAGAAGGUAUCUGCUGCCCCGCCAGCCCUUACAUAUAAGCCUCAAGUCACCCCAAGCUUGGCUGUGCUAGAUUCCAUAGCCAUUCAAGAUGCCGCUCUGGCCUUUGUUUCCAUUGAUAAACCUGAGCCAGUUCUUGAGUUUGCCUCUAUGCCGGUGCCUGCUUCAGCUCCUUCCGCUGAGGCUCCAGAAGCAUUGAGCUCCCAACUGCCCCCGUCUUCACCUCAAGGGGCCAAGCCGGGUAUUUACCAACUGAGGUGGACGAUCAGAGCUAUCAACUCGUUCGUCAAUACCUCCUACAUUGUAGGCGAGAUGAUUGGAGGGUUUAUGCUUUCCAAGGAUGAGAGGCACCUCUGGAUGAUGAGGACGAAGGAGCUUGUCAAUGAAGCUUACAUCGAAGCGGUUGAGGUUGUCUUCCCUAAGUCAGCACACUCCAAGGUGGCGAGCUUUGAAAGUAGAUCAUCCUUUGUGUUCUCUGAUCUUGGGAUCUGCUGCACUUCAAACAUGUCAAAGGAUGAGAAAAUGUCCUUGACUUUCAAGAGCUCCAAUGCAGAGAUUUCGAUUGACAACAUCAAAGGGGCCCCAGACGUCAGCGCAGCAAUUCCUUGUUUUUCUGCAUCAACAUCAAGUGACAACCAAUCUUUGCCAAACGCAGCUUCAACCCCUGACCAACCAAAUCCUGAGAUUUUAUCAAAUUCUAUCGUUGAUGAGAAAAAGCAUUUUCCCAUUCAAUUUCAAGAGGAAGAUGACCUUACAGGAACCCAAAGAGCAGACAAUAACUCUUCAUUACUGUUGGAUACUAGCCACUGCAAAAUACCAUACACACAGAGUAAUGAAUCCAUAGUUGAGGAAACAGAACAGAAAAGUGCGACCAUUUCUAAGGAGACAUUGACAUCCGGAUUUGUCAAUCAACAAUUGGAAGGAAUGCAAGAAAAUCCGAUAUGUGCAUAUUGUGGGAAUGACCAACCCAAAACUGAAGAAAAGAUAGAUUUUACUUAUGCUGAGCUCCAUGCUGCUACAGAUGGAUUUUCCAAGGAAAAUUUUCUGUCUGAAGGAGGAUUUGGGUCUGUUUACAGAGGCAGGCUCAAAAACAGGCAGUGGAUUGCUGUCAAGCAACUCAAACAUGCAAGUUUGCAGGGAGAGAAGGAAUUUAGGUCAGAGGUUCGUGUGCUCAGCAAGGCUAGACAUGAAAAUGUGGUCAUGCUACUUGGUUCAUGUUCAGAAGGAACUCAUCGGCUGCUUGUUUAUGAAUAUGUCUGCAAUCAUUCACUGGAUGUACAUCUGUCAAAGCACAGUCCAAAUGUCUUGAGCUGGAAACACAGGAUGAAUAUAGCACUUGGAGCUGCAAAAGGCUUAAAUUAUCUGCAUCAAAACAACAUAAUUCAUAGAGACAUGAGGCCCAACAACAUCCUUAUAAACCAUGAAUAUAAACCUCUGUUAGGAGAUUUUGGGCUGGCAAGAACACAACAGGAUGAAUCUGAUCGCUUAUCCGAAAAUAAGGUAGUGGGAACAUUUGGAUACCUGGCACCAGAAUAUGCAGAAAGAGGGAGGGUCUCAACAAAGACUGACGUUUAUUCCUUCGGAGUAGUUCUACUAGAGCUACUCACCGGACGGACUCAUUUGGACAAGACUCUUCAAGAGAAAAGUCUCGUAGGAUGGGCCAGACCACUUUUAAAGGAAAGAAAGUAUCCAGAACUGAUUGAUGAGAGAAUUAUCGAAUGUCAUGAUGUUCACCAACUUUUUUGGAUGGUCAGUGUGGCUGAGAGGUGUCUCAGUAAGGAUCCUGAUAACAGGCCAUCCAUGGAAAAGGUUGAGCAUGCAUUAAAGUGCAUAGUAGAUGGAGAAACAGUGAACGGAAUUGAAGAUUUUUCUCCAGCGCGCUCUUCAGCUAGUAGCUUGUCAAAAUCAAAUGAAUUGAUAGGCGAGCAAGAAACAGAGACACAGGAAAGCACAAGUACAGAUCUGCUAACAAUGAGCAGCUCUCAAACAAAAGGAACUUUUUCAGUAGUAUCCUUGGAAGAGGCUUCCAGAUCACAAAGCAUAUCAAAAAGUUUUGAAGAUUCAUUAUCAGGUAGAAGGAUUACUUUCAAAAACAAGACAGGAAAAUCUCCAACCCCACAAGUCUUGUAUGACGAGAUGCUCAUUUAACUCUAUGCAUGCAAAAUUUCAUAUUAGGCCUGUAUAAAUAGAGAUAUUGCUUACUCAUGUGAGUGGAGCUAAUUCUUCUUUGUCAACAAAUAAAGAAAAUUAAGAUGUAAAAUUUCUCUCAACAUCUGCAUAUGCUCUUUGAAAACAAUGUAUUAUAAAAGGUUUCAGGACUUGCAAAUCUUCAUCGAUGAAAGAAACAAAUAUUCCAAAUUUUUUGUCCUCCCCUUCCAUCUCAAGCAUAAGACUGUGUGGGCAAUUCUAAAUUGUUUUCGGUGUUGAAGCCUGUAAAAGUUAGAUCAUUAUCCUUAACUCUAUGUUAUUGGAUUUCUUUACUUGCUUGAGGUCAAUGUGGUGCCUUUACAUGUUUCAAAAGCUAUAUGGUAUUUGUGAAACCGAACUGGGCCCGGUCCACUUGACCGGCCCAGCCACCAGUUCCGGCCUCACGUGCGUUGCACGUGAGGGCACACAGUGAGGAGGUGGAGGGGAUCCAUCCCGAAGAAGCCGGGAUCCCCUGUUUUAGGGCAUUCUCCUCCUCCCCUUUGAGACCAUUCGAGGUAGAGCCGCCACACCUGAGUUCUUCCUCCUCAGGCUGCCGGCAGAGAGAGAGAGAGAGAGCGAAAGAGAGAGGGAGAUAGAGGGCUUUGGGUCUUCUUCGGUACGAGGGGUCUUCUUCUUCCUUACCGCCGGAGAGGAAGAAAGCCGCCGGACUUUCGUCGGGGCUGAGGUAAGGCCUUCUCCUCCUCUCUUGGUGAUUAGCCAUGAUGUGUUGAGGUUUUGGAGCCGGCCAAUCGCCGGAAACUUGGGUCCAAAAAUCGGUCGGCCGAGUGCUCCGCCACUGGCCUUGUUCACCGCCGGGAGUGGCCGGGCUUGCUCCGCCACCUCCUGCCGCUGUCAGAGCCGGCCACCACGGCCGCCCUUGGGCCCGACCGAGAGGGAAGAAGAAGGGGGCAGGGGGGUCACGGAUCCCCUGUUUCGCCGAAGGGGAAGGAAGAAAGAAGUCGGGGGAAGUUUCUGGAGAAGAAGAGAAGAAAAGAAAAAGAAAAGGAAAGGAAAGAAAAGAAAAAAAAAAGAAAAGAAGGAA